UCAUGGCAAGAGCCCUGUACGAUAAUGUUCCUGAAUGUGCAGAAGAGUUGGCCUUCCGCAAAGGAGAUAUUUUGACGGUGAUAGAACAGAACACUGAAGGUCUUGAAGGAUGGUGGCUCUGCUCCUUACAUGGCCGGCAAGGCAUUGUUCCAGGCAACCGUGUGAAACUCCUGAUAGGUCCAGUGGUACAAGACAGUCCUUCUGGCCAGGAUAUGUCCAAUUCAGGAUUGAUACAUCAGUCCUUCAACCAGCAAAAGAUCUACCAAGUGCCAAGCUCACAUGCCUCAGCACGGGACCCCGUCUACCAAGUGCCACCUUCCCAUCCGAAUCAGGGAAUUUACCAAAUACCCACUGGUCAUGGUCUGGUGGGAAAAGAUAUUUACCAGGUGCCACCCUCCAUGCAGAGAUGUAUUGAUGGUCCAGCUCUGACUAACAAGGUAGUAACUCCAGUCAGAUCAGGACAAGGUUAUGUUUAUGAAUUCCCUUCCAAAUACCAGAAAGAUACCUAUGAUAUCCCCCCUGUUCGCCCUCUCCAAGGGAUAUAUGACAUUCCCCCCACAUCAGUUAAGGGGCCUGCACCUCCAGUUCCAAUGGGAGAAGCAAAAGCUUUGGGAGUCUAUGACAUACCGCCUGCCAAAGGGGUCUAUGUUACACCUCCAUCUGCAUGCCGAGAUGAUACAGGCCUGAGGGAAAAUUUGCAGGAUUUUUCAUCGCCAGCAGGCCACAGUGUAAGACCAGAAGGAGUAUAUGAUAUUCCUCCUCCCAUCACCAAAGCAACUGGGAAAGAACUUAAUAAAUUUUCUCCUGAGAGCCUUUUAUUGCCAGAUGGAGCGCCACACAAACAGAAUGUUUAUGACAUCCCUAUAAACCAUCAAAACCAUUUUCUUGGACAGCAAAUUGCACCUCAAAAAGAUGUUUAUGAUACCCCAAGGGGAAUUGCCUUCCCAGGACAACAGACAGGACUCAGCGAAAGUCUCAUCCCAGAAGGAAGAGAAGGUGUAUAUGAUGUGCCACCACCAGUCCUCCAAGACACUAAAGGCUUACAGGAUGUGACUGAUGGGAUAAAUAGGUUGUCUUUCUCCAGCACAGGAAGCACAAGAAGUAACAUGUCCACAUCUUCAACAACAUCAAAAGACUCUUCUUUCUCAGCAUCAACUGCACAGGACAAAAGACUAAUCCUUGAUCCAGACACUGCUAUAGAGAGGCUUUAUCACCUCCAGCAGAUGGUGGAGACAGCUGUAAAUAACCUCAUGGCCUUCGUUACAGCAGACUGGCGGUCUUAUGGGUACAUGGAGAAGCACAUCAAUGAAAUUCACACUGCUGUGGAUAAGGUAGAGCAGUUGCUGUUGGAGUACCUCCAGUUUGCGAAAGGAUCAGCAGCCAAUGCUUCCUGCCUGUCUGAGUUCAGCCUCCUUAACAAAAUGAGGAGGGAGGUACAAAGGCUGGAGGACUCUCACCAGAUCCUUACCCAAACCAGUCAUGACUUGAACAGCUACAACUGGUCUUUGAACGUUCUAGCUGUCAACAGACUGCACAAUAAGUGUGAUGACCUGGAUCGGUUUGUUAUGGUGGCGAGGACAGUCCCGGAUGAUGCCAAGCAGCUGACCACUACCAUCAGCGUCAACGCAGAGGUGCUCUUCAAACAGGCGUUGAGCAGCUCACGUUUCAAAAACAUACCAGAGAAUAUCAUGAACGUUCCUGAGUAUGUGUAUGACAAUCCACAUAUGCAGCGUCACGGAGAAAAAGCACAGAACCACUGCAGUUCCCUUCCUCCGCUCCUGAGUAAAGGUCAGCACCCUCGCAAUACCACCAGUGAGAGCUCAGAAAAGAGCUGGAUGGAUGACUACGAUUAUGUUCACCUGCAGGGGAAAGAAGAGUUUGAAAGGCAACAGAAGGAGCUGCUGGAAAAAGAAAAUAUCAUCAAGCAGAACAAAAUGGAGCUAGAGCACCAUCAGAUCAAUCAGUUUCAACGUCUGGAGCAAGAGAUCACAAAGCCAGUAGAGAACGACAUCUCAAAAUGGAAGCCACCUCAAGCUCUCCAGACUGCAAACAGCACUGCCACCUCCCAUGACAGCCAGCUGCUUUUAUUCUAUUCUGACCAGUGCGAGACUCACUUCAACUCCCUCCUAAAUGCCAUGGACGCCUUCUUCAGCUGCGUCAAUGCUUCUCAGCCCCCCCGAAUCUUUGUGGCUCACAGCAAGUUUGUCAUUUUGAGCGCACACAAACUGGUGUUCAUUGGGGACAUGCUCACGAGGCAAGUGACGACUCAGGACAUACGCAACAAAGUGAUGAACUCCAGCAACCAGUUGUGUGAACUGCUGAAGAGUGUUGUUCUGGCUACCAAGAUGGCUGCCUUGCAUUAUCCCAACACACCAGCCCUACAGAAGAUGGUGGACCGAGUAACGGAGCUGUCUCAUCAUGCCCAGUUGUUCAAACUCUCACUGGUCCAAAUGGCAUCCUUAUGA